AGGCGGCAAGAUGGCGGCUCCCAUGGAAGUGGCCGUGUGUACGGACUCGGCGGCCCAGCUGUGGAGCUGCGUGGUGUGGGAGCUGCAUUCGGGCGCCAAUUUGCUCACGUAUCGCGGCGGCCAGGCCGGACCCCGCGGCCUGGCGCUGCUCAAUGGCGAGUACCUGCUGGCGGCGCAGCUGGGCAAGAACUACAUCAGCGCCUGGGAGCUGCAGCGGAAGGACCAGCUCCAGCAGAAGAUCAUGUGCCCUGGGCCUGUCACCUGUCUGACCACAUCACCCAAUGGCCUCUAUGUCCUGGCGGGAAUUGCAGAGAGCAUAUACCUGUGGGAGGUCUCCACGGGGAGCCUCCUGGUCAUCCUGAGCCGCCACUACCAGGACGUGUCGUGCCUGCAGUUCACGGGGGACAGCAGCCACUUCCUGUCGGGGGGCAAGGACUGCCUGGUGCUGGUGUGGGGCCUGUGCAGCGUGCUGCAGGUGGAUCCCGCCAGGACCCCAUCCCCCCGGCACGUCUGGUCUCGCCACACCCUCCCCAUCACAGACCUGCAUUGUGGCUUUGGGGGGCCCCUGGCCCGGGUGGCCACCUCCUCCCUGGACCAGACAGUGAAGCUGUGGGAGGUCUCAUCGGGCGAGCUGCUCCUGUCCGUGCUCUUUGAUGUGGGCAUCAUGGCCGUGACCAUGGACCUGGCCGAGCACCACCUCUUCUGUGGAGGCAGCGACGGCGCCGUCUUCCAGGUGGACCUCUGCACCUGGCCUGGGCAGAGAGAGAAGAGCUUCCAGCCAGAGCGGGACAGCGGCAAGGUGUUCAGAGGCCACAGGAACCAGGUGACCUGCCUGUCCGUGUCUGCCGACGGCAGCGUGCUGCUCUCGGGCUCCCACGACGAGACCGUGCGUCUCUGGGACGUCCAGAGCAAGCAGUGCAUCAGGACGGUCACCCUCAAAGGCCCCGUGACCAACGCCUCCAUCAUGCUGGCGCCCGUCAGCAUGCUGAGCUCAGACUUCAGGCCAGGCCUGCCCCUGCCCCAUUUCAACAAGCACCUUCUGGGCGCCGAGCACGGGGAUGAGCCGCACCACGGGGGCUUCACGCUGCGCCUGGGUCUCCACCAGCAGGGUUCAGAGCCCAGCCACCUGGAGAGGGCAGAGCAGUUGCUUGGGGUGAUGAGCAGCACGAUGGAGAAGAGCGUCCUGGGCGGCCAGGACCAGCUGCGGAUCCGCGUGGCCGAGCUGGAGGACGAGGUGCGGAAUCUGCGCAAGGUCAACCGCGACCUGUUCGACUUCUCCACGCGCAUCAUCACCCGGCCUGCCAAGUGAGCCCGGCCUGCGGCCUGGCGGCCCCUGCGGCCCCCACCCCUGCACGGAGACCUGCUGGGAGCUCUCAGCCCCACGAGCACUUGUUUCUCCAGGCGUUGGGCCACUGGUGUUUCCUGUGGCCUCUCGGUGCUGUUUUGUUUUUAACAAAAGAACUAAAAGCCCCUUUUCUCUGGGCCUGUCUGUGUGCCGGGGGGGGCCGCUGUAGCUCCCGCGUCCGCCAGGACUCGUGGCAGGACCUGUCUCAGCAGAACCCGCUGGGCCCAGUUUUUAAAACUUAGUGCCCAGAAGCCAUGGUUCUCAGACUUCAGCCGCUUGUCGGCUGCCCCAGGG